AUGGCAUUGGUCACCACUUUGGUCAGCACAUUGGUCACCACGUUGGUCAGCACCUUGGUCAUGGCAUUGGUCAGCACAUUGGUCGUGGCAUUGGUCACCACGUUGGUCACCACGUUGGUCGUGGCAUUGGUCAGCAUCUUGAUAAAACACCCUGUUAAGCUUGUUAACACGUGCCGCGGCGAGUAG